UCUUUCUUUCUUUCUUCCUUUCUUUUCUUUUCUUGUCGCUUUGUUUUCUUCAUCAGAUCCAACUACCAACAACAGAAUCCCCAAAUUCAUUUCACAAUUAAAAGGUGUGUAUGCCAUGUGAGUUUGGAAUACAGCAAGAUCUGUAAUCCAGUUGACUUAUUUAUUCCAUUUGUGGUACAUAAAGUUUGCGGUGAUUCAAAGAAAGGAUGGUGCGGAUGGGCGGUUUAAUGGGUGCUCAAUUUUCUCUUACCCUCUCUCCAGUUUUAUCCGUCUGGGAAUGUAUUGUACGUAAAAUGAGGUAUUCGUUCAGACCUGAGUGGGUGUAGGGGUGGCGACAAAGGAGUGAACUUUACGUUUGAAAUUAGUUUUUGAGAUUAUAGUAUUACUAGAUAGUAAAAGAAAGUCAAACACAGUUGUAUUUCAUAGUGAUGAUUUAUACUUUUUAGAAAGAAAGAAAAGAAAUAAAGAAAGUUUAGGUUUGAGUAAUUAAGAAAGUGUUUAGUUCUUUUUUUUUUUUCUCAAUAUAUAGAAAUUAAUAUAUGGAGUGUGGUAAAGCACCGUGUGGCGUUAGGAAAGUUAAGAAGAAGCAAGUGAAGGACGAAUUGGAUCGUAUCAAACAGGCUGAAAAGAAAAAAAGGCGAUUAGAGAAAGCCCUUGCAGCAUCAGCAGCUAUUAUUUCUGAGCUGGAAAAGAAGAACCAAAAGAAGAAAGAAGAACAACAAAGGUUGGAUGACGACUGUGCUGCUAUUGCCGAAGCAGUUGCAUUGCAAGUCCUAAUUGGUGAAGAAUCAGACAAGUUGAUGCAGAAAGAAGAUGAAUGGUAUCCUUGGGGAUACUCUGACAGUAACUUUGACCUCUAUGUGGGCGAUGCUCAUGCUAGAACUACAGCUGCUGUCAUUCCACAUCCUCAACAACUCUCUAGAAGUCCAAACGGAAACAUGGGUUGGGUGUCCGAUAGUUGUGGAGGAUCUGGGUGUCAAUGGGAUGGAUACAGGUUCCGUGGUGAAGGGUAUUUCUUGAGUGAUGUUCAGGCACCGUAUGUUGUGGAGAGAGACUGGGAAGCUGCAGAGGCUAUUUCUUCGCUCCAGAUUGCAGAUGAUGGUGUCAAUGCCUUUGUUUUUAAUAGAAUGUUAAGAGGAUGAAUGCUUCAGGUGUUACGUUUGAGGCAACUAUGGUUUCUUAUGUGUGGAUUUACAGAGAUCUUGAUAAAUCAUUCUCUCUGAAAUUUUAUUUGAGUGUAUGGCGCGUUUUGUGUUCUUUUGAUCUUGUUUCUUCUUGAAAUUAAUGUUCCCUAGUGAAGUCAAAUACUGAUAUUAUCAAUAAUAUUGAAUAAUACUCGAAAGUUGUCUGCUGCA